AUGAAGAUAGUGGACUAUGAGCGCCAUCAAGCCAGUAGUCAAGUGGGGGAAAAGUAUGCAUCUUUUGAUAUAGAGGGAGGAAGUGAAGAAAAUAAAAGAUCUGAAGAAAGUACUGAUAAUGAAAUUGCUUAUGAAAAUGAAUAUCCUCGACCUGGCAUGAAAUUUAUCUCUGAAGAUCAAGUUACUGAUUAUUACAUAAAUUAUGCUCGUUGUAUGGGUUUUGGAAUUGGUAAAAUUAGUUCAAAAAACGGAGAGGAUGGGAAAAAAUAUUUUACCCUAGCAUGUAGUCGUGCAAGAAAGUAUUUGAGUAAUUCAAAGAAUAUUUUGAAGCCGAAUCCUAUUUCCAAAACACAGUGUAAGGCUAGGUUAAAUGUUUGCAUGUCUUUAGAUGGAACGGUUAUAGUUUCAAGUGUGGUUCUAGAGCAUAAUCAUGAACUAAGUCCAACAAAAGCUCGAUAUUUUAGAUGCAACAAGAAAUUGGGGCCUUACAUGAAAAGGAGGUUAGAACUUAAUGAUCAAGCUGGGAUUAAUGUAAGCAGAAACUUUCGAUCUUUGGUGAUUGAAGCAAGUGGAUAUGAGAAUCUUUCUUUCGGAGAAAAAGAUUGUAGAAACUAUAUAGAUAAAGUAAGGAGACUACGACUUGGAACAGGAGACGCCGAAGCUAUUCAAAAUUAUUUUGUUAGAAUGCAAAAACAAAAUAGUCAAUUUUACUAUGUAAUGGAUGUGGAUGAUGAAAGUCGUUUGCAAAAUGUAUUUUGGGCCGAUGCGAGAUGUAGAACUGCCUAUGAAUAUUUCGGUGAAGUCAUAACUUUUGACACCACUUAUUUGACAAAUAAAUAUGACAUGCCUUUUGCCCCUUUUGUUGGAGUUAAUCAUCAUGGUCAAUCAAUUUUGUUGGGUUGUGCUCUAUUGUCAAACGAGGAUACUAAAACUUUUACUUGGCUGUUUAACACAUGGUUAGAAUGUAUGCAUGGACGUGCACCAAAUGCUAUAAUUACUGAUCAAGAUAGAGCAAUGAAAAAUGCAAUUGAGGUUGUCUUUCCGAAAGCUCGUCAUCGUUGGUGUUUAUGGCAUUUAAUGAAAAAGAUUCCAGAAAAGUUAGGUAGGCACUCUGAUUAUGAGUCUCUCAAAACACUUUUGCACAACAUUGUGUAUGACUCUUUGAGUAAGACUGAUUUUAUAGAGAACUGGGAAAAAAUGAUUGAAUAUUAUAAUAUGCAAGAUAAUGUAUGGUUGAAAGGGUUGUUUGAUGAACGAGAUCAUUGGGUUCCAAUUUAUGUAAAAGACACAUUUUGGGCUGGAAUGUCGACUACACAACGAAGUGAAAGUAUGAACGCAUUUUUUGAUGGAUAUGUAAACUCAAAGACAACAUUGAAGCAAUUUGUCGAACAGUAUGAUAAUGCAUUGAGAGAUAAAAUUGAAAAGGAAAACCUGGCAGACUUUGGUUCAUUCAAUGCAACAGUUGCUUGUGUAAGUCAUUUUGGUUUUGAGUCACAAUUCCACCAUGCAUUUACAAAUGCAAAAUUUAAAGAAUUUCAAGUUGAGGUUGCUUCUAUGAUGUAUUGCAAUACUCUCUUUGAAAAUUUGGAGGGAUUGAAUUCAAUAUUUUCUGUUACCGAAAGUAAGAAAGUAUUUGACAAAGUAAAGGACAUACUGUUCAAAGUGUCUUUCAAUGAGAAUCUUUUUGAAUUACAAUGUACUUGUUGCUUGUUUGAGUUCAAAGGUAUUUUAUGUAGACACAUUCUUUGUGUGCUUAAGCUCACUGGUAAAACAGAUUCAGUGCCAACUCACUAUAUUUUGUCACGGUGGAGGAAAGACGUAAGGAGAAAAUAUACACUUAUUAAAUGCGGCUUUGAUCUAUUAGUUGGAAAUCCAGAUCUUGAACGUGUUAAUAAAGCUUGUGAUGCUUUUUAUGAAGUUGCUUCUACAAAGAUAAAGACUAAUGAUUUACUGUUGAAAGUGAUGAAUUGGAUUGAGAACUUGAAGGUUGAGUUAACAUGUGAAGAAAUGCCUCCUGAAGUUAGGGAAGAUAGUUUAGUUCAAAGUCAUGUAACUAGAAUUCUUGACCCUAAGGUGGCUCGAAGUAAAGGGCGUCCUCCUACACAAAGAAAAGCUUCUAAAGUUGAUCAAAUUGUAAAGAAGAAACUUAUCAGAAAGAAAAAUCAGAAUAGAAUUCAGAAGAGUACAAAUAAUCAAAGUCAAGAAGAGGUUAUUUUGUGUUACACCUUUUUAUUUUCCAUAUAUGUGGCAUAUAUGAUAUCUGACUAAUUUUGGCUUUUUUUACAGCAGAUCAUAGGUACAUCUAGAUGUGAAGAAGUUGAAAGUGGAGAGUGUAUUACAACUCAAAUUAUUGAUAAGAUUGGCACACAAGAAAGCAUCCAUGUAACUGAAAUAUUUUGUUUGACUCUUAGUAACUCUGUUAAAUAAAGAUGAUAGUCUGUUUUGAUUAUUAACAUGACACUUCAUACUAUUUUUUCUAUAUAUUUAUAGUGUGAGCAAAGAUAUGUUAAGAAUAGCAGAAUUACAGAUGAUAUAGCUCUCUUCAAUCCAAAUCAAGAAUACAUUAAUGCUGUAAAUCAGGUGAAAACAUGCAAUCAUGUGCUAUAUUUUUAUUUGAAAAAUCAUGUUAUGUUACUGAUUCAAGUUUGUUAAGAUAGUGGCUGUUAAUUUAGGGGUAACAGAGUAAAUGUUUUACAGCAUAUUAAUUUAUUUCAUCAAUAUUUUUCUUUUGUAGGAACAAUACCAAGUGAAUGACUAGCCAUUCCUUUACCCACCAUUGUCAUAAAGAGAAGGAUCGAUCAGUACUUGAAGACUUCAAAUUUAAAAAAGAUUCAAUUUUAAAAUCUUAAAUUUCUGUCAUGUUACCAAUACAAUGAUUUUGUUUGGAAGGAUUUAUGCUUUGAACUGAAUGAGAAAUG